AUGGAUCACCGUGGUUCCUUCUUCUUCCUCCUGGUCAUAUUCUAUCUUCUCCUUAGCUCCCAAUCUCAUCCGCCCCUGAUUAUUCAGGAUCGAGAACACCAGCGGGAGCUUGCAAGGGAACGCGAUGCCCUGGGCUUGCUGAAUGAGUCCAAGUACGGGGACUUUGACCCGCAAGCUGACCAAUGGCUUCCCUUCCGUGGAGUAAGGAAGAAUGAUAGUUAUGCCUGGGACCUCCUCAUAGAUGUCCAGGAUAGGGCCCGUUAUCAACUGCAGACCGCCAUUUCGAAUGCGGGACUGGAGCCUCCGAGGGGCCUCCUAGACCCAAAGCUCCAGGACUCAAACGCGCCUCCCACCCUGAAUCUGUCACAGCUGCUACUGCCCGUUUAUCGCAAUUCGACAGGCAAACUGCGAGGGGACUGGGUGCGCCGUAAGCAGAAUACGCUGCACCUCCCACUCAAUACGACGGCUAUUGCAUUAGAAAAUGAAUACUUUACACAUGAAUUUAGUCACAAUGUUACCGGACAGAGUGGGACUUUCUAUCUAGACCUACGGGAGGGAGGUGGUGAGGAGCUUCGCCUUCGCUCUGGCCAUGUACGAGAGAUGCGGGCGUCAUUAGCGGUGGAAAGUGGUGAUUUCUGGGGGAAUACCUGGUACCUGUCCUUAUUUGGGGUGCACUUCCCGGAAACAGGAGGCAUUAUUUUGACUACGACAAGUGAAAAAUUUGGUGGCUUGUUUUCAUUGCCGCAUUUGACGCUCUCUUCCGACUCUUACGACCUCGCUCACAAGCUACUCGUUAAGUCACUCAGCGAUACCCUAUCCGAAAGACACAACCGGCCCCGUACUCUCUUCCCUUGGUCCUCGCUAGUAGGCACUGAGCAGGUGGAAUUCCCUGCACCAAAAUGCGAGCACAUCGUCUACCUGCAGCAGCAUCCUGUUGCCGUUCACGACUACCUUGCGGAUAGACUAGUCAUUGAACAGAUAGAGCAGGAGCUCAGAUUUCCCAUGGGAGCCCCCAUCCCAUCCCCUCCACCUAUGGUCAUGUCGGCCGUAGUGUUCUCUCCCGACUGCGGGUACAUCCUCGAGACCAAGGGGGCGCCGGAUUACCCUCCCACUGAAGCACUGUACCUUUCAGGGCCAAAGUUAGAGGAAUUUGGUAAAUAUUCUUCGCGCAUAAUUUUUAUACUGGCUGGCGUCUCGGUCGCGCAGAUUGCGCUCCUCUUGCGGCAGGUCAAGGAAGCUUCUACACCCUCUACCAGGAGUCGCAUCAGCUUCUUUACGAUUGCUCUGAUGGCAUUCGGCGAUGCGUUUGUGCUCGUCUUCAUUCUUCUAGAGCUGUACCCGGCAGUAUCGUUCCUAGUAAUGACUACUGCAUCGUUCCUCACUUUCCUCUCGGUCAGUUACAUCGGAAUGAAAUUCAUGAUGGAGAUCUGGGCUGUCCAGGCCCCCGAACGGAGAGAGCAAGAUCGUCGGUCAAUUCCCCAGGCGAAUGGACGCCCCGGGAGUUUACCGCCCCCUGUCACGGCAGGACGCAUUGAGGACAUAGGUGCAACGCCAGUUAUUCUGACGCCAGAUCAGGACCCUCCUGACGACGAAGAGGAUACGCCUCCAACCCGCGGUGCGACACCUACUGCGCGGGAAACCCGCAGUGACGUCGGAGCCAUGUACGCACGGUUCUAUUUCAUUUUGUUCGUGAUGCUCAUUAUCUCCAUUUGGUCGUUCCUUUGGCCAAAUCGACUUGGAAAGCUAUACGCCCGAACUCUUGGAUUUAUUUACCUAUCAUUCUGGACCCCCCAGAUUUAUCGCAAUGCCAUGCGCAACUGCCGCAAGGCCCUGCGAUGGGAGUUUGUGGUCUGUCAGAGCUUCCUUCGACUGUUCCCAUUUAUGUAUUUCUUGACCGUGCCGGGCAACGUGUUGUUUGUUCGGCCGGACACCACGGCUGCUCUUGCUCUGGCUGGAUGGGUGUGGAUACAAGUCUGGGUCUUGGCCAGCCAGGACUUUCUCGGUCCGCGUUUCUUUGUUCCUCGGGGCUGGGCACCCCCUGCGUACGACUAUCAUCCUGUUAUGCGCGAUGCUUCUGAAUCCGGAGAGGACUUGGAAUCCGGCGGAGUCUUACCGGUUGGGGCUUUACGAGCCGACGAGAGGGACUCUCCCAGCGAUAGCAAAGAUCAUGACAAGCAGCGACCAAAAGAUAAAAAGAAAGCGAUUUUCGACUGUGCCAUUUGCAUGCAGGACAUCGAAGUACCCCUCCUGCCGGCUCCGGGGGCUGCGGGAAGCAAUAGCGUGGCAGACGGGGCUGCCAACAUCCUCAGUCGCCGAGCAUACAUGGUGACCCCCUGCCGACAUAUCUUCCACAGUACUUGUCUGGAGAGCUGGAUGAGGCUAAGGCUGCAAUGCCCUAUCUGUCGAGAGUCCAUACCUCCUGUAUAG